AUGCCCAACAACUACCCCUCAGAGAUGGAGGGCAUCGACAACCAUGAUGCCAUGACUGAGUCGGGCUAUGCCAGUGCUGCCUCUGGAUCCAGCGAUGACUAUGUUCCCGAGAUUGUCUUCACCAAGCCUCAUCUUCAGUUCCUCAACCGCCAGUUGCAGUUCCUUGAGCCUCAAGAGAUCUUGAGAUGGUGCAUUACUUCACUUCCCCAUCUUUUCCAGACCACUGCUUUCGGUCUCACGGGUCUUGUUACCUUGGACAUGCUGUCCAAGCUGCAGGUGCCUCGUCCUCAGAUGGUUGACCUCGUCUUCCUCGACACCCUCUACCACUUUGAUGAAACCUUGUCCCUGGUCGACCGUGUGCGUCGCAAGUACCCCAACAACAAUGUGCACAUCUAUAAGCCUGCUGGCGUCAACACCACAGCCGAAUUUGAAGCCAAGUAUGGCGCCAAGCUCUGGGAAGUCGACGACCAACUCUAUGAUUGGGUCGCUAAAGUUGAGCCCGCUCAACGUGCCUAUCGUGAGAUGAAUGUCCACGCUGUUCUCACUGGUCGUCGCCGCAGCCAAGGUGGCAAGCGUGGUGACCUUGACAUCAUCGAGGUUGACGAGGCUGGCCUCAUCAAGAUCAACCCCAUGGCCAACUGGUCCUUCAACCAAGUCAAGCAAUACGCCAAGGACAACGAGGUCCCCUACAAUGAGCUUCUCGACCGUGGCUACAAGAGCAUUGGUGACUGGCACUCCACACAGCCCGUUGCCGACAACGAAGACGAGCGCUCUGGUCGCUGGAAGGGACAGCAGAAGACUGAGUGUGGCAUCCACAACCCCCGAUCCAAGUACGCUCAGUACUUGAUGGAGAUGGAGCGCAAGCGACAGGAGGAGGCGAUGUCCAACCCCCAAUUGACCCCUGUCGUCUGA